UCUGCUUUGCCAAAGGAGAGAAAGGCAAUGGACUCCAGACAUCAGUGUGUGGAACUAAACGAUGGUCACUUCAUGCCUGUCCUGGGAUUUGGCACCUAUGCACCUCCACAGGUUCCAAGAAGUAGAGUUGUGGAGAUCACCAAAUUGGCAAUAGAAACUGGAUUCCGCCACAUUGAUUCUGCUUAUGUCUAUGAUAAUGAAGAGCAGGUUGGUCUGGCCAUCCGAAGCAAGAUGGCAGAUGGCUUUGUGAAGAGAGAAGACAUAUUCUACACUUCAAAGGUGUUGCGCAUUUGA